AUGGAUAAAGAAUUAGGCUUUAUUUCAAAUACUAUAAUCUUUUUAUUAGUAUCUUUAGUUUUUUCCACCAUAUUAUAUUUAAUAUUUCAAAUUAUUCAGUUUAUUUUAUUUUUAAUUUAUUGUUCAAUCUAUACAAUAAUAAUUGGUUUAUUUUUAUUUACAAUUCUUUUGAUAGGAGUUGAAAUAGAAAACUUCAUUAGAUUAUUUUUUAUUAUUGGUAGAGAUAUAGAAACAAUUUUAAAAAAUUCAAUAGUAAUUAAAAAAAAUAGAGAAAAUAAAGAUAUUAGUAAUAUCAAUAAAUUAAAUAAUAAUAGAAAUAACAGUAAUAUUAAAAAAGAAUAUGAUGACAUCGCUUUCGAUACUGAUGAGGGCUAUGAUUAUGAUCCAAAUAAAAUAAUUUAUGAUCAAGAUCCAGGCUUUACAGAGAAAAUGAUGGAAUUUAAACGUGAGUUAGGAAUGAUAUCCUACGACACAGAUAGUGGCUACGAAAAAAAACAUGGUUUAAUAAAACAUGCCCUUUGUUUUUAUGACUAUAGUUACCACUUAAUUAAAAAGAGAAGAUGUUAA